GACAGCGGUCAGAAUCAUAAGGAGUAUUUGCUAAUCCUUGUUUCAUUUUAUGUGCUGCGUAGACCCGCUCGGCAAUUUUUUACGGGUGACAGCGCUCACAGAGCGAGAAUGUCGAUCGCAUAUUUCAUCGAUUCUCAGCGGCUGCGAGGCUCAUGGCGCAGAAAAAUGGCUUGAAUUCUCAUACGAAAACCGGUCCUUUGAUUGAUGAUCCCCUUCUUCGUUCUCAACGAGUGCAGUUCACUACUAGUAGUGAUGAAAAAAUUGAUUUAGAAGCUGUUUUUCAGGAUACUCUUCCAUCAGGAUCUCAACUAGGUACAGUGAUAGGGAUUCAUGGUGCUCCUGGCUCUCACAAAGACUUCAAGUAUGUCAUGCCGUUCGUGCGAGAGAAAGGCAUUCGAUUCAUCGCCGUCAAUAUGCCAGGCUUUGGAUUGACUCCUGAUGACCCUCGUUUGAAAUACGACAACGUUGAAAGGGAUGACUUCGUCCAUCAACUGCUAGCUACGCUUGGAAUCUCUAGUCGAGUGGUCAUGAUGGGACAUAGCAGAGGCUCAGAAAAUGCUAUAAAAGUCGCUGCUAGGAAUACGGAUAAAGUGUGUGGAUUAGUUUUACUGAAUCCAACCGGACUACGGCCUCACAAGGGAAUCAGACCACUCUGGGUGAUAAAACUUUUCAUGUGGUUUUACUCCCUUGGUCCAAUCGCGGAAAUGAUCCUUAAUCCUGUUGUGAAAUUUUUGACCAAUAAUGUGUUUGGCUAUCGGAUAGACACUGGAAGGAGAGCAGCGAUGUGCACACAAACCGUGUGCAAUCUAGAAUUUGCCAGUUUAUUACCAAGUAUCAAUACUAUUAAUGAGGCAAAGAAUGUUCGGGUGCUUGUCGCUUACUCUGGGAAAGAUAAACUCAUAGAGACAGGCGUAUCGCAGGAAUUAGCAAACUCCUUUCACGAUCGCAAAGAGCUGACCUGCAAAGAUAGAACUAAUGAAGCCGAAAAGGAAUCAAUCAAACGAUUAAGAAACCUGUUUUCUAUAGGAACAAAAGCAGUAUCUAUAAACUUUGAAGAAGAUGGUCACUUCCUUCAGCGGGAUCGUGCUUCCUUCAUUGCAGAAAGCAUAGAAGCACUGUUACAGACGACACUAAGUAUCGUUCCCUUGUUAGAAAGGUGGGACCCUGUUCUCUUAGCUCCACAUAAAACCUUGUCUGGCAGGGCGAACACGAUGGGAGAAUGAAUGCCAGUGAAAACGCGUAUGCAACGGAAAUGUGCAUUUCAUAAGAAUGCUAUACAAUGCCAUUACCGCAUCAUCUUGUAUCCCAUUGUUAACAAGCUCACAUUGUGGGAAGGUGCUAUCAAAGUAUCCUCAAUGAAUCCUUUUGUCCUAACGUUAGUUGAUAGCGUGAGCUUCUAAACCAACAAUGAAACCUGUACCACAUUAUUUUUUAUCAGCUUCACAAAGGUUAGCUCCUUUUGCAUCUCAUUAUGGCACUCUAUCGAAAUCUUCAAAAACAAUACUCCUUCUUCAUUGCCCU